UUCUCGAAAUGGCAGGACGCGUGAGACAACCAAUUGAUGUGGCAGCGCUGGAGCGCUACAUCUCCAAGUCCGUGCCGGAGAUCAAAACUCCCAUAGACCUCAAGCAGUUCGGUUUCGGCCAGUCGAACCCCACGUACCAAAUCACUGGAAGCGAUGGCCAGAAAUUCGUUAUCCGAAAGAAGCCUCCGGGAAAGCUGGUGUCCAAAACGGCUCACCAAGUCGAGCGAGAAUAUAGAGUGCUUCACGCCCUGGAGAAGACCGAUGUGCCUGUGCCGAAAACAUACUGUCUGUGCGAGGAUGAUAGUGUGAUUGGCACCCCGUUCUAUAUUAUGGAGUUCUUGGAUGGGCGCAUCAUUGAGGAUGCGGCCCUGCCGGGCGUGAGCCCAGCAGAGAGGACCGAGAUGUGGCACGAUGCUGUACGAACACUGGCGAAACUUCACAGAGUCAACAUCAAGAGCGUCGGACUCGAGCAAUUUGGCAGGGCGAAUGGUUUCUACAGCCGACAGAUCAGAACCCUCAGUACUAUAAUGGAGUCACAGGCGAAAGUAAAGGAUAUAGAAACCGGAAAAGCCGUUGGCCCCAUACCGCAUGUAGACGAGAUGCUUGAGUAUUUCAAAAACCCAAGCACUCAAGUGUCGGAUAGGGGACACAUCAUUCACGGGGAUUAUAAGAUAGACAACAUGGUCUUCCAUAAAACCGAGCCCAGAGUCAUCGGCGUCUUAGAUUGGGAGAUGUCAACCAUCGGUCACCCUCUCUCUGAUGUCGUCAACUUGACAAUGCCAUUCAUGGAUGGCCCAACCAAGCACAAGGGGUUUGUUGCCGGCGCCACCCCGGGCCUACCAACGAAGGACCAAGUCAUAUCUUGGUACGCAGAGAUCUCGGGUUACAACCCGGAGCCAGAUCUUCUGUGGGGUGCCGCGUUCGGAAUGUACAGAAGCUCUGUCAUCAUGCAAGGCAUCGCUGCGCGAUAUGCUGUUAGGCAGGCGAGCAGUGCGAACGCGAAGGAUUAUGCGGCCUUGAUGGUGCCAUUCGGCGAGCAGGCGUAUAGGAUAUUCCAGCAAGCAAAUGGAGCUAAGCGUUCGAAGGCAAACCUGUAGAUAGGCUACCAUGAAAAGGCAUGGGGGGGUUCCAAUUUUUGCAAUUCAUCGGAAUGAAGG